GGGAAGAGUGGAGACAGACAGAGUGUUGCCGUGUCUCCUCCUCACAUCACUUUUACACAUUUAUCUGGUUUCUGCACUCAGACAGCUGAUGCUCUAAUGAGCACGCGGCUCAGUCACCUGCCUCUGGAUGAAGUUGGAGUUUUCUUCCUGCAGAACAAACACAAUGUGACCAUGUUGAAGCAGUGACUGAGUUGUCCUUAUCCGAUAUCGGAGUACCUUUAUUGAUCCAGGGAAGAGGGACUUAAGAAUGGGGAAACUUCAGUCAAAACAUGCGUGUAAGCGCAGAGAAAACCCUGAAGGAGACAGUUUUGUUGUAAACGCCUUCCUCCGGAGAGGGAUGGAGGAAUGUGAGAGGUACAGCGCAACGGAUCACAAGCUGAAGAACAUGCAGGGGUUUCCAAACGGUGUGCUGAAGGAAGGACAGUACACAGAUCAACACUGUCCCCUAGAGGUGGUUCUUCCUCCGGAGAAGGCUGAGGGCUGUGAGAGCUACUUGCAGUACCUGCACUCAGAGGACGGAGUGAGAGAGAUACUUAGAGAUACGACCAAAGCUCCCGGGAAGAAACGCAUCAGUCUGGAUGACUUGGAGUGUGAUGUUUCUGUGGAGGAUGACAACCGUCAGGAGUGGAUCUUCACGCUUUAUGACUUUGACAACAGUGGAAAAGUUACAAAAGAUGACAUGUCCAGUCUGAUGCACACCAUCUAUGAUGUGGUGGACGCCUCUGUCAAUCACUCCUGCCAUAAUAAGAGCAAGACUCUGCGAGUCAAACUGACCGUCACUCCGGAGCCCCGGUGCCACCGGAGAGAAACAGGAACUGAUCGCUGUCACCAGGAAGAGGGCCGCUCAGCUGACAAGCGGCUGUCCUCGUACAUCAGCAGCAAAGGUCAGAGCAACGAGGCGCCAGCCCCAGAGGGCCAGCAUUACUGUGUGGAUGAGAACACGGAGAGGAGGAAUCACUACCUGGACCUGGCCGGGAUAGAGAACUACACCUCCAGAUUUGAAGGAACCAGCCCCGCCUUCCCUCCCCAGGAGGCUCAUCAUGUCCGGAGCUCCCAGAGUCAGAGCCGCUCCCGCUCCCAGGAACCAGAAGCCCAAGUAGUUCACCACCAGCGCCGCUCACAGGUCAUCAGCGACAGCUACAACCCUACGGAGUCUCGCAGCAGGGGCACGCAGUUCGUCAAAUCCCCAAAAGGAACCUACAAGUCAGGCGGAGGGAAUAACGGGGGCGGCGGGGGAGGCAAAUCCACUAAAUGUCACGGCCACCACCCGCCUGUGCAGAGCAUGCUGCACAGUGGCAGCGCAGCAGGACACGGGGGGCAGGACGUGUACCACCUGCCCCACCAAGCCCAGUCCUCCAGCCACCACCAGCACCCUUUGCAAUACAGUCACAGCAAACGCCUCAGGGCAAAAGCCCGGGAGGCCAUGUCCCCGUCCAAAACCCCCCUGUCCCCCCAGCAGCAGCCCCCCCUGCCCUCGGUGCUGCCCAGCCUGGAGAGAGAGCAGGCGUCCGGCCCACCGGGGAGCCCCGGGUUUGUGGUUCCUGUGGUCCAGCGUCACGAGCACCACCAUCACCAUGAACACCACCACCACCACCACUAUCACCAUUACCAUCAGACAUGACCGCGCUCAGUGUGCAGUGACUGAAACUGUACAGGACCAACCACAACCAACCAACCACACCAGUCUGAAGGACUCAACGUCUCACACUCUGUCCAGGAUCUUUUUUUUACUCUCCUCCUGCAAGCUAUACAGAUAUAUCCUGAGAUUAGACGUACUGAGGGAUCAUGUAGUGCGAUGACGCAAUGAUAAUGGACUGGAACGAUGUUUUUCUGAAGUUAUUGUAUAAUAACAAAAGAUGUGUGGCACAGAUUUGAAGUUUUUGUAGAUUUUCAGCUGGGACUGCUGCGAUGGUUACCCAUGUUCAGUGAGGGUACAGAUGCCAGAACGGAGCAGAUCAGAGGACUUUUGAUGUGACAUCUUUUCCCUCUUGGUGCUGCUGGGUGAAGUCCCUGGAUGCUAUAUGUCAGAGUAGGUGUGUUGUUCUGUGUGAGACCUUUCCAAAACACGGAUCUCAGGUGUAAAGGUGCUGCUGCUCUCGAGCUUUUCACACAGGCUUCUUCCUCUGGAGGCCUGAUGUGGACUGAGGGGUUUCCUGUUUGGGGAUGGGGGAGGGGAGGGGGGAGGGGGGGAGUAUGAAAUCACCACUGCCAGUUUUAAUGCAAAAAUAUCUUGCUAUAUGUAUAAAAAAAAUCUAUAUAUGUAAACACAUUUUACUGUAUAAUUAUUAUACUGUAUAUGCAUAUUUCAUCAUGGAUAAUAUUAUGCAUAUAUGUAUUUUGUCUUUUAUAUAUUUUAAUAAACGUUAUAUAGUUCAUUUAUAUUAUUGCAGUGACUGUUUAUUUCUGCUCAUAAAACACAUGAUGGUGUCUGCUGCCACCGUGUGGAUGGAAAUAGAAUCACAUCAGUAUGAUGUUAUUGGUUAAGACUUUGAACAUUAAUGUGAUCGUUAAAAUGUAAUUAUGGUUUGAGAGUAGAGCAAAGAAAAACAUUUUGGGGUUUUAAUUUAAUUUUUUUAUGUUUUAAAAGAAGCAGAAUGCCAGUGCAUUAAAGGUUAGAGACUGGCAGCUGAUCUUGGUCAGCACCAGCAACAGAAAAGCUCUAAAUUAAUAUCAGCUGCAUGAAUAUUUUGUGGGAACAGCAGCAACAGGCUGCCAGUAAUACAGAUUUAGAGCUUUUACAGUUCCCGGAUUGUGUAUGGUUGUCUGGCCACAAAGCUGACUAUAACAGAAAGGACUCACUUUGAAAGCAGAAGUGUCUCAUAUCUCUUUCUUUCUACUUCCCUCUCACUCUCUGAAAAACAGCACUGGCUGUUUUUUUUUUAUUCCAAGUCUUUUUUAUUGAUUAUUAUUAUGC